UUGUCCACAAAAUUGCCACACUUCAUCACAUACUACCCUUCACUUUACUAAAUAUCCUUGUUACUUCCUUUUUUCCUACACAAAACAUUAGCCUCAUUAUCACACACACAUCUUUACUCCCAUAGCAUCCACUAGUCUAGCACCAUCAUGGCUACCGCUGCCCCGGCCACCGCCUCGUACAUCUUUGGAACCCGCAUUACCGGCCCAAACCCGGGCAAAGGAAGGUUCCAAGCCUUAUUUGGGCUUGGCAAAAAGGCCGCCCCACAAAAGAAAGCGGCCCCAAAGAAACCAAUAAUAGAAGAGGACCGGCCCGUGUGGUUCCCGGGUGCUGAACCACCCGAAUGGCUAGACGGAACAAUGGUUGGGGACCGUGGAUUCGAUCCAUUUGGGCUCGGAAAGCCCGCUGAAUACUUGCAAUUUGACUAUGAUGGGCUGGAUCAGAACCUUGCUAAGAAUUUAGCUGGUGAUAUUAUAGGAACUAGGAUUGAAAAUGCUGACAUUCAGCCCACACCAUUUCAGCCUUACACUGAAGUGUUUGGGAUCCAAAGAUUUAGGGAGUGUGAAGUCAUCCAUGGUAGGUGGGCCAUGUUAGCCACUCUUGGUGCUCUUUCUGUUGAGGCUCUUACUGGUGUUUCUUGGCAAGAUGCUGGAAAGGUAGAGUUGAUUGAAGGAGCAUCCUACCUAGGCCAAAAACUGCCAUUCUCCCUAACAACAUUGAUCUGGAUAGAAGUGCUACUAGUUGGAUACAUUGAGUUCCAGAGGAAUGCAGAGCUUGACCCAGAGAAGCGCCUAUACCCCGGCGGCCAGUACUUUGACCCCCUUGGCUUAGCCGCGGACCCUGAGAAGAAGGAGAGGCUUCAGCUAGCAGAGAUCAAGCACUCUCGCCUCGCUAUGGUUGCCUUCCUUGGCUUUGCCAUCCAAGCUGCUGCCACUGGAAAAGGCCCUCUUAGCAAUGUUGCUGAAUUCUUAAGUGACCCUUCUAACAACAUUUUCAAAACCUUUUCAUCUUAAACUAUUCCUACGUACUUCUAUUAUUAAGAGUAACAAUAUUGUAUACCAACUAUGUACUCUGUAUGUGUUAUUGAUAUAUUUCCUAUAUUCCUAAUAUUCUUGUCUUUUUCAUUAUAAUCCUCCCUCUCUUUUUUGGUCUACCCCAAUAUAAAUGAGGAUGUUAUUAGCUCAUUUAGCUGUGCUUGUGCAUUUCAGUUGUAAUAUGUACAUUUGUUACACUUUUAAAGAACAGUGUAAUGUACUUGUAUCAUUUUAUUAUAUAUCCUCUGCAUUCAGAUCA